UCUUUUCUUCCCCUGCCUUCGCCUAUUAUUGAACUCCCCACUCCCCCCGAACUCCACACCCACUUGCUGGCUAGCUCCAUGAAAAUGGCUAUGAUCAACUCAUAGCUAGGUCUUAUACAGGUAACUACCUCAAAAGGGCCCAUACAACCUCAAACGCUGUCGUUUUCGGUCUUCACCUCCCCUCCAGGCUCCAUCCACCUAAUUCUUGAUGUACUAAUCCCAUUUUUUGCACUAGAAAUGGAAACAGAGGUCCAGUCCAAUAGUUUUACCUAUAUGGGGCGAAGCUUCAGCGGCCUCAGCAUCCACGAUGGUUCUUCCUCCGCUUUCAGCGACUGCAACAGCGACAGAUCCGGCGAAUUCCCCACCGCUUCUUCCCAGAGCCGACGUCUACUUAUCGCUUGCGCCUCCUCCGAAAACAACAACUACUCCUCUGACGAACUGAUCCGCCAGCUCGUCUCCGAUCUUAAUUCUCCCUCCCCUGAAGACCAAAAACAAGCCGCCUUGGAGCUCAGACUCCUCGCCAAAAACAAACCCGAGAAUCGAAUUAAGAUUGCCGAGGCUGGCGCCAUCAGACCAUUGAUUGAUAUCAUUUCUUCCUCCACCGACUCUCAGCUGCAUGAGUACGGCGUCACUGCAAUUCUUAACCUCUCGCUCUGCGACGAAAAUAAGGAAGUUAUAGCGGCCGCCGGUGCCAUAAAGCCGCUGAUUAGAGCUUUGAAAGUGGGAAACGCCGCGGCCAAAGAAAACGCCGCUUGUGCUUUACUAAGACUGUCGCAAGUUGAUUCGAAUAAAGCCGCUAUCGGGAGGUCGGGGGCGAUACCGCCGCUAGUGAAUCUUCUAGAAAAUGGGAAUUUUCGGGGGAAAAAGGAUGCAUCGACGGCGCUUUAUUCGUUGUGUUCGGUGAAAGAUAACAAGGUGAGGGCUGUUCAAGCUGGGAUAAUGAAGCCGUUGGUGGAAUUGAUGGCGGACUUUCAGUCGAACAUGGUGGACAAGUCAGCGUUUGUUUUGAGCUUGCUGGUAUCGGUGGCGGAGGCCAGGGCGGCGCUAGUGGACGAAGGUGGGAUUCCGGUGCUGGUGGAGAUUGUGGAAGUUGGGACUCAACGGCAGAAGGAGAUUGCGGUGGCUAUACUAUUGCAGCUGUGUGAAGAUGGCCUGAGUUACCGGACUUUGGUGGCGCGGGAAGGAGCCAUUCCUCCUCUGGUCGCUCUGUCUCAGGCCGGAACUAGUCGGGCUAAACAGAAGGCGGAGAUGCUGAUUGGGCUCCUACGGCAACCGAGAUCCGGCAACGCCGCUGCUCCUGCUGCCACUGCCAGGGCGUCUUCUGAUGUGUCAGUUGCUUAGUAGCUGCUGCAUCAUGUCUACAACAUGCCACAUGGGGAGGCCAUGCCACCGUCUCAUCGUAGGCUUAUCGGUUAGCGGUGGUUGCAAAGGGGGCUUGAAAAGAAAAGAAAAGAAAAGAAAUACUAGUACGUACCACGGCACUAGUUCUGAGAUAUUUUAGUCUGAUGAUGAAAAAGAAAAUAGAUGGGAAAAAGGAGUAAGAUCAAACUGUAUAUAAGCGGUCAAUUGUAAAUGAAAACUUCAUAAUGUAAAUUGGUGAAAACUAAUCAUCAUCACAUCGGUUGCUUGGUUUGGGGUUUUUUUUUUUUUUUUUUUUUUUUUGUAUUUUGAGGCAGUUUUGGCCUUCGGAGAAAAGAGCUUUUUGGAUUUGGGUGAAGUUGAGGAGGCUUUGGUCUGUGGGUAUUCCGUGGUUGGUUGUGCUUAGUUGUGUGUGCUAUCGAAGUUUUUCACUUUUGACUUUAUAUCUUGAAAAGAUGCGAAUUCUGCCACCUUCUGGUUCUGGAA